AUGUCGGCGGCGGGUGUGGGACACUCGUCAUGGACCGGCCGCGAUGGUGCACAAUCGCAGCAAGAAGCCUCGAGGACAAUCAGGUCGAUCCGCGCACGGCUUCCACGCUCGCAAUCGACCGGUAAUAUGCUGGAAGCCGUUGGAGCAUCUUUCAGGGGCAACCACGAACCACGCGACAUCAAUACAGUCUCAAACGAACGUGGCAAUCUGCAAGAGCUAGCCAAGUUCUUUCGCACUACCGCGCCGCCUCUCAGUCAUGCAAGCGAACAUGCUCAGAUGCGAUCUGGCUUGGAGCAUGGCAGGAAACGCUCCUUUCAGUCCUUUAUCAAGCGGCGGCGGAAUACAAAGUCGGGGUCACAGUCCGUGCACCUACAGCCGAGCGAGAAGUUCGUUGUCAAGAGAUCGAUCGAAGGUUAUCCAUACACCACGCUGCCAGACCCCGAGGAGCCCAUCAAGGAAGAAGCUAUGGCUUCAACACAUUAUCCCGUCUUCCCAGUGACGCAUUCGCGGCGGCCAUCUGCGCCUCUACAAUGGCCAGAGAGGACCUCUUCGGCUGGCAAGACAUCUGCUGGGCCCAUCAGUCCCAUGAGCCCAAAGACGCCCACUCGCGCCUCAUCAACGGAGCAUUCUCAGAGCAUGCCGCAAAUAUCGGAGCAGAGUCCUGCUUCGAUCAAGCCUGAACUGCAACCGGGCAAUGAGGAUCUCAAGAACUUUACCGAGGCCCGUGUUCUGGCCACCAAUUUCUUCAAUACCCUUGCGGCGCAACACAAUUCGCUUGGAACGCCACAAGCAGAAUCCGUAAAUGACCUAAAACAGGACAAGAAAGAAGCCGUCGUCGAUAACGCUACUAGACAGCAAUCUUCGCCCUUGUCCCUAGUUCUUCAGAAGCCGGGUCAUGCAGAACCUCAGAACUCAUCAGUCGAGUUUCCGGCUACACCACCGCCUUCGGGACAAUUCCAACAGUUCGAUUGGCCCGAGGUUGUCGUAAAAUCGCCAGGGUUUUCGCCGACAAAGUCUCCAGAAUCAUUGUUAGCUAGGCGGAGGCAAUCCAGUCUGUCGAAUCUACAAAUGAUGCACACAUCUCCCAAGUCGCGUGGCUCUCCCAGGCUGCCACCAAACGCAUCUACUCAGCGCAAUCUUGCUGUGCCACAGGAGAAUGUCCCACCAGAAUCACCCGGAUUUCCCAAAAUGUUGGCUGGAAUGACGUUUCCUUCUCCCCCAAAGACAUCGCGGCCUACAUCUGCUGCGAGUAACUCAACUUCGGGAUCUCGUCCCAACACUGCUGCCUCCCCUCAGCCAGUGCGACCACGUACGUCGAGCAGAAAUGCUACUAUGCCUUCAACAAGUCCCGUCUCGUUGAAUGAAAUCGUAAUGCGAUCCACACGACCGGGCCUUCUGCAUUCUCAGUCUGAUUACACGCUGCGAGAUUCUACAGGUACAAGAGGCGGCCAUAAGACCAUGGAAUCUGUGGUCUCAACGCCGCAAUCAAGCCCCGGAAAUACUGCACCAAUGUCGACUCCAUUGUUAUCGCCAUCGGACAAUGCCUUGUCGACCAGCGACGCCUAUCAUGCACGGUCGGACUCUGACGUCUCGUACGUGACUGCAUUUGACGAGCAGCGGGCGUCUGGGACACCCUCGACUUUUAGCGAGUAUGCAUCAUAUCGACAAUCUGGAUCUAGUAUCAUCACAACGACUACGGAAUCACACAGGCGAUCCACUUCGACCAACUUGACCAAUAGACAAUCUACUAGAAGCAACGCCACCACUGUUAGUACAUCUCCCAGCUUUGAAGAUGGGACAAGUAAAUGCGAGGAUUCCGCAAAUGCAAAUGUGCAUAACAACCCCAAUUGGCCCCUACCGGCUGACGUUCAUGGCGACCUGCUUCAACGGCGGGUGUCGGGCAAGAGCUCCAAUAUGAACGAGCGCCACAUUGAGACUACGCCGAUAGCUGAACUUGGCUCACCCAAACCCAUGAGUAUUGCCGAAAGACGAAUUGGCCGUCAUAGACCGUCGACGGAACAUAGAGACAAGACAAUUGACCAUGCUCAUCUAGCUGCGAGACCUAAUCUCCGAAGCGCCAUGAGCUUUGAUUCGGUGGAUUCUCCAGUUCUUGGCUAUUUCCCACACAGCGUUGUCCCAAGCAGAAAAGCGUCCGUCCAUGGCCCCUCUCCGUUGGCCCACAUUUCUCCACUGGUUGCGGUCACGCAGGGGCCAGAGGCGGAAAGUAGCCAAGGUAGCCAAGGGGAAAAGCCAGCCGCGCCCUUUGACGAAAUUCAGCAAUCCCAUCCAGGCAUCGCUCAGACAAUGCACAAGAACUCGAGAGUGACGCCUUCAGUCUCGACACAGAGGGCCGAGAGGCCAACCUGGAGCGUCUCGUCUCUCAUGACGACCGAGAUCCAGCCAUGUGCAGAUGCGGAACCCGAGGAACGAAAUGAUUUGGCAAUAUCUGCUCUCAUGAUCGUGGCAGAGGUGUUACCGGAGGCGGUUGGAGAAGAACCUCACUUGAGCAAGCGACUUUCCAUCAUUCCUCCUUCUGGUGCACCAACGGCACCCCAUUUGCCACCAAAGUCGCCGCGACGUCCAAAACAUACAAUCAACAAGAGACUUUCUCGUCAGUUUCCUGUGCCGAUAAGGGUCAAUAUUCCUACAUCGGAUGCCUCUGGGUCUAUUUCCAACAAGUCCAAUGUCAUUGAAAGGGGUGGCAUGCCAUUCCCCGCCCCGGGUGUCACUUCUAGGGCACAGAAGCGUAUGAGUCUGCCAAUUUAUAUGUCGGGUGGUGCCAGACCAGUUUCGUGGAUGCCGCCAUCUCGACUGCGUGAGUCAAUCAUCGCGUCCGAUGCUGAAGACGACACCGAGCCUGAGUCCGAGUCGCAGCCUGAGCCUGAGCCUGAGGCCAGGCCCAGGAGGCGAAGUAGUGUGAUCAAGGAGAGGAUUCAUCUGGCGAAGCUGGCCAGAGAGAAGGAAAUCGCCGAGUUGGUAGCCAAGAUGGCUAAACCGACGACUGUCCAGACUCAAGACCUGCACGAGUAUUCGAGUGACUCCUCGGAGAGCCAGGCGUGCACCACAGAUGAGCUGGAGCAGCGCAUCCAUCGCCUCGAGAAGGACAACGGUGAAUGGGUCAGCAUGCUUGAUCCCCUCCUCACUAAUAUGACCCGCACUCUGAAAGAGAUGAAGGAGGGAAAACUGAACCCAUUGCUCAUGAAUGAGUUCAUCAUUGAUAUGGCGGUCGAGGCAAGAAGAUCCAUGAUGAGCAGCAGCAAUAGUCCCCAGGAAAGCGAGGUUGGCCUCAGGUCGCCCGUAACAUUUGACGGUUUCGAUGGUUCCCACCAGCCCAAGACGCAGCCAGAGUCAAGGCCAGCGACCGCCGUACGCACCAAGAAGACCAGCAUGGACCAAAGCCCGCCCCGAAAGGAGCAUGUCCGUCUACCUACAGAACAGCCUCAAGCAGAACAGCCUCAAGAGCCGGAGGUGGAGGAGCCGGCAGUCGUCGCCCAAGAGGAUUUGGUGCAAAUCGAGGUCCAGCCCAUCCCGGACCCCGCCAACGCCGGGGUCGGCUCACCUAGGACGCCUCAAGAGCAUGAAUUCGAAGCUGAUAGGUCAAUCCGCAAACGCAUCCUGGCGCAGGAAGUCAUGAUGGACGAGCUGAUGAUGAAAUGGGGUCUCCCUUCGCCACGGGCUUCGGUGGAUUCCUCAAGGUCGAGUGCCAUGACCUUGCCACCCAUAGCCGGAACCCCAUCCCAGCGACAUAGCAAGAGCAGCAGUACCGCUACAAUCAGACCGACUCACAAGAAGGCAGACGCGGGUGCAUUGGAAAUAUCUGGCGAUAUUGCGCUGAAAGAGACACCAAUCAACAAGCACCUGCUCAUGGACGCAGAGGGUCUGACCGGGCCAGCUGGCAGCAGAAGGGGCAGUCGUCGCUGGAGCAGUGCCGGAGAAAGGAUGAGCUGGAAACCGGGCGACACUGGGUUCAUGAAUGUGCUGAUGCAGGAGCUGAGAUCUACUUCGAGGCUCAGCCUUGAAAGUGGAGGAGACUAUGAGGUCUGGAUCUGA